AGGGAUUCUACAGGGCACAAGCCGCGGUCCCUCCUCCUUCUCCUUCUCUUGUUGCUGCAGACCGGCGCCGCCCCCUGCCGCAGCCGGAGCCCGCCGGCGCUGCCCAUGGCCGCUGAGAUCCAGCCCAAGGCGCUGACCCGCAAGCCCGUCCUGCUCAGCAAGGUGGAGGGUUCCCAGGAUGUAGUGAGCAUGGCCGCGAUCGUGCCCAAAGAGGACGGGGUCAUCAGCGUCUCCGAGGACAGAACUGUCCGUGUGUGGCUGAAGAGAGAGAGUGGACAAUAUUGGCCUAGCAUAUACCAUGCAAUGCCAUCUCCAUGUUCAUGCAUGUCUUUUAACCCGGAAACAAGAAGGCUGUCCGUAGGUCUAGACAAUGGUUCAAUCUCAGAGUUUAUUUUAUCAGAAGAUUACAACAAGAUGACACCAGUCAAAAGUUACCAGGCUCACCAAGGCAGGGUUAUGAUGAUUCUGUUUGUCCUGGAGAUGGAAUGGGUGUUAAGCACAGGACAGGACAAGCAAUUCACAUGGCACUGCUCGGAGAGUGGGCAGCGGCUCGGAGGGUAUCGCACCAGUGCAGGGGCCUGCGGCCUGCAAUUUGAUGUUGAGACCCGACAUGUGUUUAUAGGUGAUCAUUCUGGGCAGGUAACCAUUCUCAAACUAGAACAAGAGAACUGCAGCCUUGUCACAACAUUUAAGGGACAUACAGGUGGUGUCACUGCUCUUUGUUGGGACCCAGUGCAGCGAGUUUUGUUCUCAGGCAGUUCGGAUCAUUCCAUUAUUAUGUGGGACAUAGGAGGAAGAAAAGGAACAGCCAUUGAAUUACAAGGACACAACGAUAAAGUUCAGUGUCUCUCCUAUGCUCCCCACACAAGACAGCUCAUCUCUUGUGGUGCAGAUGGUGGAAUUGUUAUCUGGAAUAUGGAUGUUGAGAGACAGGAGACACCGGAGUGGUUGGACAGUGACUCUUGUCAAAAGUGUGACCAGCCUUUCUUCUGGAAUUUCAAACAGAUGUGGGACAGUAAGAAAAUAGGCCUUAGACAGCAUCACUGCCGGAAGUGUGGGAAAGCAGUGUGUGGCAAAUGCAGCUCUAAGCGCUCCUCCAUACCACUGAUGGGAUUUGAGUUUGAAGUGAGAGUCUGCGAUAGCUGUCACGAAUCGAUAACGGAUGAGGAACGUGCACCCACAGCUACUUUCCAUGACAGUAAGCACAACAUUGUCCAUGUACACUUUGACGCAACCAGGGGAUGGUUAUUGACUUCCGGGACAGACAAGAUUAUUAAGUUGUGGGAUAUGACACCAGUAGUGUCUUGAUGAUACGUCAGUGGAACUUAAAAGGUGGUAUUUACUGAAGAAACAGAUUUCCUAACCCUAAUCGUAUUGCAGAAGAUAAACGCUGUGUGUAUAUGGCAGAUAAGGAAGGAGCUAACACCUCUGUGAUGAUUUUUCAAGUCAUCGGCUAGAUCAAGGGGUGAACAUUUGCACGAAGACUCUAUUUCAACUUUGUUCUCAAAAUAUCCGAGAAGGUAUUUUUUUAACUAACGGUUUGUACGAUCUGGCUAUGUUCAGUUAUUUUGAGUUUAUCUGGAAAAUCUGUGUGCAGUGCAAUUU